AUGGCUCCCUUUGUAAUCUCUCAAUGCAGCAUCGCUGACGGUACCACCCUAGCCGCCAAUAGCAUCCCCGCUUUCUGGGCUGACCCGCACUGGGUCCUGGCCUGGCGCCAUCGGACCCUCGAGUACCACGUUUCGCAGAUAGCCCUGCGCUUCCCGCGCAACCUGCUGAAUAACCGGGAGGCAUUGCGACAUCAGAAAGCAGUGGAUAUAGAUACGGGUCGCAUACUCGGCUACGCCCGAUGGCGCUUGCCAACGUCUUAUGAGAUAAACACAGAUGAUGGCACGCCGACAUGGCCUGACGCCCAGGUCCCGGCGGUUGAGCCCGGAAAGGAGGCCGAGAUCCGGCGGAUUGCCAAGACUGUUAUUUGGGAUCCCAACGAUGAUGCUGACGAGCUGUUGGAUCGCAUAAACGCACUUGAAAAGGAAGUGACGCCAAAAACACCAUAUUACAGAGAAAUAUUCCCUGGUCUGACACGUCGGUUGAUAGGUCUGGAAUACCUUGCUGUGCAUCCAGAAAACCAGCGUAAAGGAGUCGGGACGGCAUUGGUGAAGAGCGGAAUGGACCAGGCUGACAAGAUGGGAUUAAACAUUUUCGUUCACGCUUUGAGAGAGGGAGCUGAACUCAGAGCUCGUCCAGGACGACUCCCCGUAUGGUGGUAG